UCCCGCUCGCCAACUCUGCUUUCUGCGCACGCGCAGCAGCUCGGCUGGCGAGGCAGAACCUCGGGAGCAGACGCAGCCGGCAAGAAUGGUGCUGGAAAGUGUAGCCCGCAUAGUGAAGGUUCAGCUCCCUGCUUAUCUUAAGAGGCUCCCAGUCCCCGAGAGCAUUACCGGGUUUGCCCGGCUCACAGUUUCAGAAUGGCUGCGGUUACUGCCUUUCCUCGGUGUACUUGCACUGCUGGGCUACCUUGCAGUUCGUCCAUUCCUCCCAAAGAAAAAGCAGCAGAAGGAUAGCUUGAUUAAUCUUAAAAUACAAAAGGAAAAUCCCAAAGUGGUGAAUGAAAUAAACAUUGAAGAUUUGUGUCUUACGAAAGCAGCUUAUUGUAGGUGUUGGCGUUCUAAGACGUUUCCUGCCUGUGAUGGUUCACAUAUUAAACACAAUGAACUGACAGGAGAUAAUGUGGGCCCACUGAUACUGAGGAAGAAAGAAGUAUAGUAGUAAUGAACUAGGCUAAAAUUCAGUCGUGUGCUGUGAAAUCUUAUAAUGUUAUUUUUUCGUUCUCUGUGCAUAGAUCUUUCAAAUGGUGGUCUUAAUUAUUACUACUGAUUGAGUAAUUGUUUCUGCCAGUUUAUUCUUACAGUACUCUUUAUAUUUGAUACUCCAUACAUUCAAUCAUUUAUAUAGAAAUUAAAUUGUGCAGCCCUUUUAUUCUUACUUCAAAGAAUUCAUAUAUCUUCCUACAGUAAAACCAACACUUCUGAUUUUAAUUAAUUGAGAAAAAUAUAAGUGUUAGGCAAUGAAUGCAAAAGUAUUUCUUUGAAUAUCAAUUUUUUCAACAGAAUGUGUAAUUUAAAUUUUUUCCCUACUCUAUUAAAUAUGUUACUUUACAGUUCUUUUAUGUUUUUGUUGAAGAGUUUGUUUACUUUCCGGUCUUCUACCCUCCAUUCUUUUAAGAUUAAUAAGAAAAAUAUUGCUGUCAAGAAUUAGUUGAGUUUUCCAAGAGUUAAACUCUUUGCUUUAUAGAGAUUAUUGACUAAUAACUAUAAAUAUCCCCAUUUCAGGAAAGACAUGAACUGGAUAUAAAAAGUUCCAACAAGGAGCAUUUAUUUACAUUAUACAAGUUGUAUUUACUUUGCAGUAGGCUUGUUUGCAUCUGUGUAGGCAAUGUUGUGUAUCUUGAGCCAUUUGACUCACUGAUGGGGUCAAGUGAGUCAACUCCUGAGUUGCUGAAAUUUGAAGGUCAAUUAGAAAUAAAUAUUAAAAUAAUAAGUAGUUGUCGAAAUUAUGUUUAUGUGAACAUUUUCCUCUUUAUAACCAUGUAAACCGAUAAACAGGAUACAAAAAGUUUGCAAAAUAAACUUGCUGGAGAAUCUUUAAAAUUUUUGUAAUUUUUUAGCCUGAGUCUAUUUAGUUUAAUUUAAUGUACAGUUCUUGUAUUAUUAACUUUUCUUAAGUCUGUCUAUUUAAAGGUAAAAUUCGAUCAGUUCACUAUGCUAUUUUUAUAUAUGAAGAAGGUACAGGAAGGAGGCAGACAUAUGUAAUUCUUCUGCCAAUUAGAAUCGAAGCUAAUAGUUAUUGAGCACUUAACACAUAAUAAACACUACACCAAGCACGGGACCUGGAUUUUUAUUACAUGUAAUGUCAAUAGGUUCUGUCAUGGGAUCCUGACUUUCACAUGACCAACAUCAGGAAUUUUUAAGUCAGCGUUAGUUGUGCUUUUGAAAAGUUUUAUAAGGCGUUAAGUCCGACAUUGUUACUCUUCCCUCACCUGUGAGGAGGGAUAAUAUAACAUUGCUGUCACUUUGAUUCUGGGUAUUUUUCCCUGAGACCUUUUCUUCUAAAGGGGCUUUACUGUCAGGUGAACCAUUUAUUUUUACACAGAUGGGCACAAGACUUUGGGAAAAAUCCUCCUCACCAAAAGUUUGACUAGCCUGGUCUGGGGUCCAUUUUUAAAUGCUUUUCUUUAAAACCGUUCACUGUGACUCACAGCAAAAUGCUUACUACAUUUAGGUGUCCUAGUGGUUCCUGUACUUAGAUUUCAUAGGAGAAGGGAAAAUUUCCUAAAAAAGUCCAGACUAAAAUGAAAUUAUCAGCUUUACAUGUUGUCCAAUUCAAGAACAUUUAAAAAAUUGAAAACACUAAUUAUCUCAUAAAAGGUAAUUUUCACACCCCAAAGGUAAGAGGCACCCUCCCAGUAAAGCACCCCCACCACUCACAUUUUUCAGUGGUUUCUGGUGAAGAGCUGUGCCGAAAUAGUUUUCCCACCUGUGCAAAUUUUUCAGCAGCCUGAGGCUGGUAGCAAAAUUUUAAAAAUAAUAUUAUGUGUCAUGAUUAGUUGCUGUCACUUCUGCUUGUAAAUUCAUAGGAUUCCAUCAUGUCUUCCUUAAAAAAAUAGACAUCUUAUAAGCAACUGCAUCUGAAUUAAUACAAGAUAACUUAGCUCUUGUAUUGUACAUAUCUUGGGUUUUGAAACCUUCAAGAAACAGCCCUAGUUGUUACUGUGUCUCAUGAUUGUUUUGAGGAUGGCUUCUUGCCCAGCAGACACUCAUCGCCUGAUUCAGCAAAGGAGCACUGCCAGUACGUAAAUAGGUGGCCAAAACUGUUGAGCAGGCUGGAGGUAUUAAUGAUUCAUUCAUAUGGAUAAUUAAGGAAGUUGUAUGAUGAAAAGCACAUUACAAAUCAGUUUUGAAUUCAAUGCCUCAUGACUCAUUAAAUUGCUUAAUGUCUUUUGUAACCUAAUUUGUUAAUUUAUGCAAGCUAAUGAAGCCGUCUGCUGAUCUAUGUAGUUCAACCUUAUAUAAUCUUUCGAAACAUGCUAUCAGACUCUUCCUCUGCAAAGGGAGUUUUACUUUCUCAAAACUCUGGGGUUCAAUAGGGUCCUUAAAUUAUAGUGGAUAUAUUUUUAAACAUUUCAUUAAUUUUGGAGUUGGGGGAAGAGAGGGAGAAAAGAGAAACAUCAAUGUGAGAAACGUCAAUUGUUCCCUCUUCCAGACCCCCAGCUGGGGACCUGGCAUGCAAUCCAGGCAUGUGCCCUGACCGGGAAUUGAACCAGUGACCUUUCACUUUUCUGGACCAAGCCCAACCUACCAAGCCACACCAGUCAGGGUGGAUAUUUUUUGUACUACCUGCCAAAAGAAUCUAACUAAUUGCCCUUCAUUCAUUUAGAAUCCAGUUGUGACAGCAUCACCAAUCUGGAGAAAACCAGGAGAGAUGGACUAGUAAUACUCAUAUACUUUACUCAGAAGUGAUUGUCUCGGAGCCCCAUAUCCAGAGUCUCCUUUUUCUUACCUCAUACCUGAUUGUCCUAUUUCUGCUCCUGAACAAAUCCCAAGUGUCUGCAGGGUCCUGUUAGAGGUAGGGGAACAAUAAUGUGACAACUGACCACAGGGAACCAAACAAAAUUAAAUGUGAAUAUAAAAAGCAUAGCACCUCAAGACCAUUAAAUAUAGGAUCCUGUGCACCACAGUCCUUGAGAGCAUGACUGUCAUUGUAUUGUACAAGUGAUGUCUGAUGAUGUAAUUGAAUAUAAGUACUAUAUAGUAUUUAAGACAGGAUAUGUGUUAUAUUUGAUGAUAGCGUGCUCCACUUCAAAUAGUUAAAAGCUUCAUGCUUAGAGUGGUAGGUAGUGGUGAGAAGUUUGUACAGAAAAUAGCUUGACUCAUUUUUUACUAUUUAGGAGUUUAUCAUUGGAAGUUUUUCCAUUCAACUGAAACUCUUCAAGUUUCAUGAUUGUAAUCCACUACAAAAUUUAAUUUGUUAACAUAUGAGGAAAACUAAAGGAAUAGUGAUUUACACUACAUCGAUUCUGUUACAUGACCUCCUCCCUUUUCGGAAGGAUUAAAAUCCUUUUGCUAACUGCCUCACUGCUGGCCAUUGCUGUCCCUUUGCACCAGAGGUUGGAAUGUAAAAAACUCCCAUAGCUGUUUUUUGUUUGUUUGCUUGCUUUUUUUUUUUUAAGCCAUGCUACAUUAUCUCAGGUUGUGUUUUUGCCAUAAAAGUCUUUUACUGGAAGCUCAUUUUCUUUCAUGUUCACACAAUCUACUUUUAUUUUUUGCUUCGAUUUUGUAAAGUCAUGCAUAGCAAUCAUUAUUGUAAUAUAAAAAGUAGUCCAUAUUAGUUAUUAGCAAUUGCAUUACACAGUUUUAUAUUAGUUACAGUCUUGAAGAACAUUGCAAAUCUGUUAGAUAGGCAUAUUUAUGUCUUUUGGUCAGAAGACAUCAUUCUCUAACUCUUCCUUGGUUUAAGUGCUUGACUCUUUGCUUGUAGAAAGAGUAUACCUGUGAUUCUGUUCUCAUAGAGCACUAUUGUCAAAUACGUCAGUCACAAUGUUAACAAAUUCCUGAUCUCUAUUGUAAGAGUGUAAUUUUCCAAAAUAAUAUAGAAAAGGGGAAGGGGGUAAUAAAUUGCAUAAUUACAGAGAUGAACCUGUACUAGUAUAAAAAUAAAAAUGUUAACAAACAAUUCA